GGACAGGAGAAUGUCGCAGAAAUCAAUUUUCUCUCCUGAAAGGACGCCCUCAAAACAUCGUACAUCGUCUGGAGCAUCGGCUCCACGAGCAAAUGAAGGCCGUUUUCGAUUUUCGUGCUGAAUAGACAAUUCGAAGAGAAUGCCAUGCGGAAGGCCAAAGACGAGUGUCUUAGAAUCGCGUCGGCGUUCUUCCGUAAAAGUUUCGAUGAAGAAGACGAUGAAGGGAAGAAAGCCAAAGCCCCGCCGACAAAAGAGUCGGAAGAGACUGUUUCGGAAACGAUCUCUGACGACGAUUCGGCAAAAGUCAGAAGGAAGGCCAGUGUCACGAACGCGGAGGUUCUCUCAAAGUUGGUCGCAUCUGACCCUGAACUUGCGGCUUCUACUUUGUACGUGGGAGAUCGCACCUUCAAACGCUUGCAAUCAUCCGAAAACUCCAGCUUGUCGAACGACGUGGACGAGUGCGCAAUAUCAGAUCGUCGUAAUGCAAGAGAAGAAUGUAACAGGGACAGUGAUGUGAUUUCGAAAGUCGAAAUGCGAAGACUGGCAGUGCCGAUAACGAAUUUCAACGGUGUCUUCCCUGCACCCAAACACGAAGACGUCAUUGCGAAGGAGUCAUCUGCGAGGUUUCAAUCUUCAUCAAUCGGGGACCACCCAAUGCGCGCUCGUACGAAACCAACUGCUGCGGAUAGAUCGAAGCAUUCUCAAUUGACGCCCGAUUUUCUAGAGGUUCCGCCAGGAUCCACAGAACACAUUCGUUCCUCCCCAGAGCGAUCGACAAGUGCGAAAGAACGCUCGGAUGUCGGGAAAGUACGUGAUAUAGUACCACUGAUAGCCGUCAUUCGGGACAGCUUCGACGAGAAAUCUAGCGGUGGUCGCAGAUCAACGUUACCGAUGACGAGCUCCGAUUUGAAUCAGUCUACCUUGCAAAACCCCACGGCGGAGGCCGGCGGCCAGAAGUCGCCGACCUUCGACGAUAUCCUGGCCGGCACCAGCGUGAACCCGAUCCGCAAGUCCAGCAUAGCGAACGCGGCCAUCUGCUCGAGUCUCGCUCCGAGUUUGCUCGGAGCUAUCCCCGGUGUGCCGAAUUCCCUCUUACCGAACGGGGAGUACAAUCUGCAACGAAGUGCCACAUUGUCGAAUCUGUCCACCACCACCACCGUCAGCGACGACAUAACCAUUGGUAGAACGCGUCGCGGAUUGAGGUCGUUUCUUCGUCUUCACAUAACCGAGCCGCAUCCCACGACCUGGCACGACACCGAGGACUACCAUCAUCACUUGCACAAUCAUCACCACCACCAUCAUCAUCAUCACGUGUUCUCGCACAUUCACGUACCCACCAUCACCUUCACAGCGCCAGCCACCGAUGGUAUCGGUCGCAAGUUUAACUUCGCCAUCCGAAGGCACUCGCACGCGACAUUGCACCGGACUGACUCGAUGGUAUCGCUUUGUUACCGAUCACUCGCGAGCUAUAUCACAGAUGAUAAUCUCGUCGGACUGCAGAGCUUCCUCGAAAAUAAGCGAGUGCAGGUCGACGACAGAGAUGAGAACGGUAGCACCGCCCUCAUCCUUGCAGCAACCAAGGGAAAAAUACACUUCAUCCGAGAGCUCAUCAAUCAUGGAGCGGACGUCAAUGCUGAAGACGCGGACAACUGGACAGCGUUGUUGUGUGCAGCGAAGGAAGGUCACACCGAGAUUUGUCUCGAAUUGCUCGAGCACGGCGCCGAUUUGGAACACCGAGACAUGGGUGGCUGGACGGCGCUCAUGUGGGCGACGUACAAGGGCAAGUCUACGACGGUGACGAUGCUGCUAGGGCGCGGGGCUGACGUCAACGCGCAUGGAAAUUUUCAUAUAUCCUCGUUAGUAUGGGCCGCUGGCAGGGGUUAUACUGAUAUAGUCAAAGACCUCAUUGCUCAUGGGGCGAAGGUCAAUGUCGGUGACAAGUAUGGAACAACGGCACUCAUAUGGGCAUCGCGUAAAGGAAACGUAGAAAUUGUUGAUAUCCUUCUUAAAGCUGGGGCUAACGUCGAAACAGCUGGCAUGUAUUCGUGGACUGCCCUGGUCGUCGCAACCCUCGGUAAUCAUGUGGAGGUGGUGUCGCUACUAUUAGAGCACAAGCCCAACGUGAACGCUCUAGACAAAGAUGGUUGCACCGCCCUAGCGAUUGCCUGCCGUGAAGGUCAUCACGAAAUAGCGAACGCUCUUUUAAAUGCCGGCGCUUACGUUAAUAUUCAGGAUCGGGCUGGCGACACGAAUCUAAUCCACGCGGUUAAGGGUGGCCAUCGAGGCGUGGUGGAAUCAUUGCUGAAGAAGUAUGCGGAUGUCGACAUAGCUGGAAAGGAUAAAAAAACCGCAACUUACAUAGCCGUAGAGAAAGGCAAUGUGCCGAUACUCAAAUUAUUACUAAACGCUAACCCAGACCUGGAGAUUGCCACGAAAGACGGCGACACGCCUUUAUUACGGGCGGUGAGGUCGCGUAACGCCGAAAUCGUGCAAUUGCUUUUAGACAAGAAAGCCAAGGUCUCGGCUACGGACAAGAAGGGCGACACUGUACUGCACAUAGCGAUGCGCGCGCGCUCGAAAGCGAUUGUCGAGAUACUACUGAGGAAUCCAAAGAAUAGCCAGUUGUUGUACCGUCCGAAUAAACAAGGCGAAACCCCCUACAACAUCGAUGUCAAUCAUCCUAAGACGAUGCUUGGUCAGAUAUUCGGUGCUCGGCGUUUAAAUACCAAUGAGGACAAUGAAAACAUGCUUGGCUACGAUUUGUACAGCAGCGCGUUGGCAGACAUUCUCAGCGAACCGUCGCUUUCUACACCAAUUACUGUCGGCCUUUACGCAAAAUGGGGAUCUGGGAAAUCAUUUUUAUUGAACAAAUUAAGAGAGGAAAUGAAGAAUUUUGCGCGACAGUGGAUCGAUCCCGUAUUCCAAUUCUCUUCCUUACUCUUUUUAGUAAUAGCUCACGUUUCUCUACUUGUGGGCGUCACGCUUGGAGUCGCCUUACAGUCGUGGAUCGUUGGCCUGUCGUCUGGAAUAAGCUUAUUAGUUGUCAUUUAUAUUUUUCUAAUCCUCGUUUGGCAUGUCAACAAGAGGUACGAUUGGUACUGGCCGUAUAAUCUGACAGUGGAGCUCACCACCAAGUUGAACGCGCUAAAACUGCUGUUGCAAGUGAUCUUUUGUCACCCGCCGGGCAGUCAGUGUCACGACAGCAUAGCGGUGCAGCCGAUAAAGUUUUACUUCACCGAUCAGACCCGCGUGGGCACGACCGCCGCCGGUGAGAACGCGGUCGUGCAGAUGGUCGGCUCGCUGUACGAUUCCGUCGAGAACGACUACGGUUCCCUGUCUACCAGACUGUACAGAGCAUUUCGGCCGAAACCGGAUAAAUCCACCACCACGUGGAAAUGGAGGCGUUUGUGUUGCUUGCCAUACGUAAUCAUAUUUGAAUUCUGCUUGUGCAGCUUGCUCGUCGGUGUCUCGAUACUUACGGUGUACCUCAUAGAUAUCUCGAACGAUGAAUCCACGAUAGAGCGAGUCACUGCUCACAUUAUCAUGAUAUCGAUCGCCUUGGUCUUGGCCAUUAGUAUAAUAGCGAAUUUGUACACGUGGAGCAGAACGCUGCAGGCAUUGGUUUUUUCACAGAGGCGACACCUUCAACGUAGUAUAUCAAAAUUGGAGACUCUGAAGAGUGAAGGGUUCAUUCAGACCUUGAAAAGCGAGGUCAAUUUAAUGACGGAAAUGGUCAAGUGCUUGGAUAGUUUCAUGGCUCAACAAAGUAGACUAGUCGUGAUAGUGGACGGUUUGGAUAGUUGCGAGCAGGAUAAAGUUUUACUCGUUUUAGACGCUAUACAGGCCUUAUUUAGCGAUAACGGAUAUCCCUUCGUCGUAAUACUAGCGAUUGAUCCACACAUUAUAUCUAAGGCGGUAGAAGUAAAUAGCAGAAGACUAUUCUCGGAAUCGAAUAUCGGCGGCCACGAUUACCUGCGGAACAUGGUGCAUCUGCCGUUCUACUUGCAAAACAGCGGCUUACGGAAAGUCAAGGUUGCCCAACAGACUGCUCAACACUACAAGAAGACGGCGUGGACGGAGGCCGAGGAGAGUGUCAAUUACACCGCGACCAGCACCAUGCAUCACUCGGUGUCCAACAGGAGGCUCAGCACGGAAUCGGCCAUAAUGAACAGCAACGAGAAAUUGAAACCCCAAACUAGGAAGGGCAGCAGGAAGAUGCGAUUGAGCGAAUCGAUCGCCAGCAGUAUCGGCAGCAAUUUGAACCGACUGGGCGGCGCGCAGGAUCUCAAUAAGAUGCUGCUCACCGACGAUUACUUCAGCGACGUGAAUCCCCGUAGUAUGAGGAGAUUGAUGAACGUCGUUUAUGUCACCGGACGAUUACUCAAAGCAUUCCAGAUUGACUUCAACUGGUAUCACCUGGCUAGUUGGAUCAACAUUACUGAGCAGUGGCCUUUUAGGACGUCUUGGCUGAUUCUUCAUUACGACAUGUACGAGGAGAGUCUAGACGACAAUAUGUCGCUCAAAAGUCUUUACGAUAAGGUGCGACCGCAAAUUCCGGUGCUGAAGGAGGUGCAACCGCUUCUCGAGAUAGACAGAGACGAGCGCAAGCUGGAUGUCUUCCUCACCUUUCACCGGUCCAGCUUACUCAUCAGCGAUAUGAAAAUAUUCUUGCCUUUCACUAUUAAUCUAGAUCCGUACAUUAAGAAGAAAAUUAAGGAGGAGCAACAAAGUAUAGAGGAAGAUACGAAUCUGUUUCACAAACAAAACGGUGCUUGGCACGGCCACGGUGUUCCGUACGAUUGGACCCCGCAGAGGGGCAUGUCGAAUCGACAUGCGAAACUUGCCAAACAAUCAAGUUUGCAGGGAUCUGUACCGCCGACGCCAUCGUGGGCCUACCAGCCAAGCUUCGAAUGGCAAGCGCCGCCAACUUGGAUGCAAAUGCCACACAUAGAACCAAUGUCAAAACCGCUUUCCGCAACGACCACAUUACCGUCUGAAAUUCUGGAGAUAAAGCUGUCGUCCUUAACAGUGAACGGGGUUUGCGAUCUGAUCGACAAAAUCGAAUGCCUUAAUUCGACCCAAGCACCGAUGUAUAAGCAGGCCAUCAAAGACAACAAUAUCAAUGGACGAGUUUUAUUACAUUGCGAUUUGCAAGAAUUGAAAAAAGUAUUUAAAAUGACUUUCGGGGAUUGGGAAUUAUUUCGCAUGGUAAUUGUAUCACUGCGAGAAAUGGAACUCUCGUCAUUUACUUACGAAGAGGGUCCUCGAAGUGUCCGAUUUACCGUUGGACCCGACCAAGUUUUACGCAAAGAUCACGCUAUUCCAAAUAAUUCGAUUCGUGUGUCUGGUCACGUAGAGAAAGAGAAAGGAGCAUCGAGAACGGAUGGAUCGACUUCUCGUCGUGAUCAAAAUAAGCAGUCCAUCAUGGAAAAACAGUUCCAGGUAACGUUAGAGGAGCAAAUGAUUUGCGGAGCAUUACAGACCCUGAAUGAGGAAGCUUGCGAGGAUGUUUUAGACGUGCCAUCGCCAGCGGUGGCACCGACGACAGACUCACUUUCCUCAGGACCCGUCAUUUCGGCGCACGACACGGAGUACGUGCUGCUUCAAGCCAGCCCGCUGUUUCACUGGGUGCCGAUUAACGAGGACCCGGUCAGCUCGGACGACAGCUCGCACGACUCCACCGUGUUCCUUCAACGUACCAACUCCCAACGUAGCGUCACGUCUCAGCGCAGUACGAGAUCCGCCUCCUCGCACAAGAACCUGAAGAGAAGCGGCAGCAACAUCAGCACCAGACCCUCCUCGCUGUUCAUCUCUCCGCCUCCGUCGCCGAAGCCUGCCAUCAGAUCGAAGUCGACCGACGAGAGAUGUAUGGGGAACAACAAUGCGUCCCUGAAGACCGCGUCACCGUCGGUGAUGCCCGCCAAGAGACGCUCCUCCUCCACGUUUGACGAAGUGGUGAUAUCGGUGCCCACUUCCAGCCUGGAGAAGCUGUCGAAACUGAAGGACCGUCUGAUCGGCGCGGCGCCGACGUUGACGAGGUCACCGGGUGCGCCCGGCGGCGGCGAGAGCGACGACGAGUCCACGCCGCUGGUAUCCGAAUUGUCCACGCCAACGCAUUCCCAAUCGGACAGCGUGUUCAAGCACGACUGUAGUGCAGAGAACAGCUCGCCGUCGUCCAACAGAAGUCUACCGCGGGACGGGGAACGUCGCGUGGGCGUGGAUUACUCCGAUACCGUGAGCCUCGUGAUACGCGAGUCCCUGAACACUCAACCGCCGUCGCGGCGCGACGCCAAGGCGCGGGACGACACGGAGACGCCCGUCUAACACCUGCCGUCUUCUGUACACAAUCGUGUGAUACGACGCACGAUAGCUCAUAGCAUAGUAGUGCAUUCUACGUUUUGAUUAAAUACUGAUACAAAUGUGAUGAAGAAGACUGGCGUCUUGUUGGGCGGAUUUACACGAUUAUACGUAAUUCUGUUUUGACGACAAACAUCGAGAUAAGAUAUGUCUCUCUGUAAAUAACGAAUGGCGAGAAAACGAGCAAAUUUUUUUAAUAGUUAGAAUGUUAAACGUGUUCAUCGACUUGUGGUUAAGACGAAUGAUGCCUUCUCACGCAAGUCGUGCAAUAAUCCUUAGUCUAGCGAAAUGAUCUCGAAGGUGUAUGACGCCGAUGCGACAUUCCGUGUAAAUAUUAAUGCAUUUACGAAUGCAAAUAUUUAUCGACAUUUUUCCUUUUUAUAUUGAAUUAGUACUGAAAUGUGCGUUGAAACGAGGGGGGAUGAGGAAUAUUUUCCAAUGUAAUAGUACGUAACAAAGUAUCCUGUCCCCCAGUAAUAAGCAAUUUGAGUCAAUUCGUAAUGCCAGUGCAAAUAGGUGGCUUAAAGUGUAACAGAUAAAUACUGAAGAGAGUAUUUUAAAGAAGAGAAUUGAAAACGACCAGAUUGUUGAUUAGACUACAUAUC